AUGAGUCGCGGAGGAUAUUCAUCGUAUCGCGGCGGUUUCAAUAACUACGGAUACAGCCAGAAACGCAACUAUAAUAGCUGGCAGCAAGAUGAAGGCGAGGAGAAGUACGGAGAAUCAGAAGAAUUUGAACACAGAAACGGUGGGAUUACAUGUUUACCUGAAAAUAUACAUGCGAGACAUUUUUCAGCCAAUCGCCAACCACUGCUAAAGAGGCCGAAAGCUGAGGACUCUUCUCAGAGUACCGGAGAGAAAUCGGCAGUUCGACUGAAGUUCGAGAGAGCUAAAACCAAGGAAUGGCGUUUGAUUAUUCGUAAUCUUCCAUUCAAAACGAAGAAGGAAGACCUACAAAACAUUUGCUCAAAUAUCGGACCAUUCGCUGAAAUCGUGCUUCCACCAUCGAAGAAAGAUCCCAAGACUUCUGCUGGAUUUGGAUUUAUUCAAUUCGUCAAAAAAGAAGAUGCCGAGAAAGGAAGAGAGUACUUCAACAGUAAUAAGAUUCUCGGAAGAGCGGUUGCCGCUGAUUGGGCUCUGGAUAAGGAUACCUAUGAGACUAAUGCGCACGAUGAGAAGGAGCAUUUGAAGAAGAAAGUUAAGAUAGAAGAGGUAGAAGAUGCGAAGAAAAAAACGAACGUGAAGAAGUUCGAGGAUGAUGAAGAGGAAGAAGAAGUUGACGAAGAGGAAAGAGAUGAGGAGGAAGAAGAAGAUGUGGACAAAGAGGAAGAUUCUGAAGACGAAGACGAUGAAGACGACGAGGAAGAUGAUAAGAAGAAGAAGAAGAAAAAGCCAACAGCUGAACGCAAAACCGAUCAAGCCAUCACCGAUGGCAAAGUAGUCUUCCUCCGAAAUCUUUCAUUCGAGACGAAGGUUGAACAAAUCAAAGAAGAGCUCUCGAAAUUCGGUCAAAUCGAUUUGGCUAUCAUUUGCAAGUAUAAAGAUAGCGGUCACUCUAAAGGAACCGCCUUUGUGCACUUCUCUACUCCACUGGAAGCAUCGAAUUGUAUCGAAGGAAUUGAAGAUGGCCUGAUCAUUGAUAAUCGUCUGGUUAAAGCGAAUUUGGCGAUUCCAAGAAAAGAGGCAGCCGAUAUGGAGAAGGACAAGUUGACGAAGGUGCCAAAGGAUAAGAGAAAUUUGAGAUUGGCCAGAUUCGGAUUGAUUCGUGAUGGAACUGCUGCAGCCGCUGGAAUGAGUAAAGAAGAUGCGACGAAAAGAGAAAGAAUCGCAGAGGCAAUGAGAAAGAAGUUGGAGAACACUAACAUGUUCAUUUCCCCUGUCCGAUUGUGUAUUCAUAAUCUUCCACAAAAAGUCAACGACGUCAAACUCAAAGAACUUGCUCAGAAAUCCACUUCAGCCGGUGCCGUCGUCACCGAGUGUCGUGUAUGGCUGGAUAAAAAGAGACUGACUCCUGACGGUAAACCCAAGUCUUCUGGAUUCGGUUUCAUUGCUUUCAAAGAGCACAUGCACGCACUGGAGUGUCUGAAAAAACUCAACAACAAUCCGGACACUUUCACAAAAGAUCAUCGUCCGAUUGUCGAGUUCUCCGUUGAGAACUUGUUGGCUUUGCAAGCUAGGGCUCGCCGAAACGUCAAAAAUACAACUGAAAAGAUGAGUGAGCGUGUGGUAAACGAGAAGAUUCGACAGCAAGUGAAACAGUCGAUUGGAGAAGUUCACACAGCUGGAAUGAAGUUCUUGCCGAAAUUCACUGGAAAGAAGAUUCGCCAUCGCAAUUUGAGUGGUCGUGCCAAGAAGAAUGUGGAUCGAGUGAAAGCCGCCAAAAAUUCGAAACAACCCGAGAUGCCGACGAGUGUCGGAAAGAAGAAGAAGGCGAUGAAGAAGAAUGUGGCCAAAUAUUUAUCUCUUUCCACAUAG